CAGGGGGCGCUGUGCGGCGAGGCGGGCGGGGGGUGGCGCUCGUCUCGGCGGCGGGAGGGCGGGCUGGGGGCGGCGGCGCGUGCUGCCCUGGCCCUGCCCGUCCCCACGGCUGGGACCAUGGCGGAGCUGCGCGCCCGCCUCGAGGAGCUGGAGCGGCGGCUGGAGCGGGUGGAGGCGGCGCUACGGGACGCCCCCCUCUGGGCGCGGCAGCUUCCCUCGGUGCUGGUGACGUUCGAGGACAUCGCGGUGCACUUCAGCAGGCAGGAGUGGGCAAGCCUGGACGAUGGGCAGAAGGAGCUGUACAGGACCGUGAUGGAGAGCAACUACGAGAUGCUGGUGUCCCUGUACUGUGCCCUGUCAAAGCCUGAACUCUUGUCUUGGAUGGAAAAUGGAGAAGAGCUGUGCACACCAGUGGAGUCAGACCUAGAGGGAGCAAAUGUAUCUCCGGAGCCAGCUGUAGAGCUGGAUCGCCCAAGCUGUGUGAGCGAUGAUGUUCCGCUGGAGGUGAAGACAAAGGAGUCUUGCGAGGGGAACGGUAGGGACCCAGAGGAAAGCAGGAGCCUGGCAGUCACAGCGAACGGCAGCGCACCACACGUCCCUCAUGAAGCCACCGCUGUCCCAGCAGAUCUCAGCCAGCCAACUCCGUCCCCUUCCUGCCCUCUCUCCACAUGCUGUCGUGAAGCGGCGAAUCCGAACCGGUCUCCAUCGCCUCUCCUUGCAGCAGCGGAUGCCAAGGUGGGGAUCCCAACGGAAGUACCGCAGGAGGAGGCGGCUGUGGAGAAGCCGGCAGUGCCUGAAAUGCCCUUGAAGGGUUUGGAAGAGAAGGAUGUGAAAGAUUCAGGGAAUGGUGGCCAGGCUCCGGUGGCAGACAUUCCCGAAGAGCCGGUUAAGGAGGCGAUACCGGAUGUCUGCCAAGCGACGGCACAGGCAGACCCCAGCUGCGCGGUCGCCUCCCCGGCAGAGCCCAUGGAGGGCUCCUGUGUGGGCCGGACGGCGGCCUGCCAGCGAAACUCCACCCGCGAGAAAUUCUAUUCCUGCCCCGUCUGCAGGAAAAACUUUCUACUGAAGAUCAACCUCAUCAUCCACCAGCGGAGCCACAGCAACUGGGUGCCUUACAUCUGCACGCACUGCGACCGGAACUUCAUGUCCAAGAAGAAAUUCCGGCGUCACCUACGGGCCCGGGUGGCCAAGGGGUUCUGCCAGCCCUCGGAGGCGGAGGAGUGCUCCAGCCGGGCCCCGUGCCCUGCCUCCCAGCCCCGAGCCCCGAGCAGUGACUGCGGCACAGUGUGGGGGAAGCCCAGCCCCAACAGAUACCCGCUGUCGCCUGGGAAAAUGAUGUAUACGUGCAACGAAUGCAUGGAGAACUUCUCCAGCCAGAGCUUUCUGAUCCUGCACCAGAGACGACACACGAACCAGCACCUCAUCCUCUGUCCCUGCUGCAACAGGAGCUUCACCUGCGCCUCUGACUUUGUCCGCCACCACCAGACCCACACGGGUGAGCGGCCCUACUAGUGUGGCACGUGUCAGAAGACUUUCGAGUGGCACUACCACCUGAUCGUGCACCAGAGGAUCCACGUGUGGCAGGAGAGGCUGUAACCCCUGCAGGAACCAGCUGCCUAUGCCGCAGGCACCCAUUUAAGCAUGGACACGGAAGCGGGAAGUGUAGCAGAAGAGGGGAUGGGAAGCCGGGAAAUGUCCUCCCGGGAACAGGAUGAUGCCGUUGGACCUUUUGUUCUCGCCCUCCUUGACCGUGGGCACCAGUGGGUCAGAUGAAAGCUGGAGCGUGGGCUGUGCCGUUUGGCUCCUGCCCUGCAACGGGGAUGGAGGGCACCCGGCCCUGCCUGUGCAGACCCUCGGUGCGCAGGUUGCUCCUUGUUCCUGGGCGGGUGGGACGCUGGGGGUGGGACCGGGUGCUGCUGCAAUGGAGGACUUGUUCCUUUUCUGGAGGGUACCAAAAGAUGCUGUAAAAAC